AAUGCGUGGAUGUUUUGUUAGUAGUUGCAAUGGCGGAAUCGAUUCUAUUCCAUGUUGCGGCAUCCCUUGCUACCAAAUUGGGCUCUCCUGCUAUCACAGAGUUUCAAUUGUUUUGGGGUGUUCAUGAUGAGCUUGAUAAACUCAAGCAUACUAUUUUAACCAUGGAAGCUGUGCUUCUUGAUGCAGAGGAGCAACAAUCCAACAGUCAUGCAGUGAAGAAUUGGAUUUCAAGGGUCAAAGAUGCUUUCUAUGAAGUCGAUGACUUGAUUGAUGAGUUCACUUAUGAAACCUUGAGGCACCAAGUUAUGGCCAAAGGUAAAAGAGGGGUGAAAGAGGUACGUCAAGUUUUCUCUUUGCCUCAUCAAAUUGCAUUUCGAUUUAAAAUAAGUCACAAAAUUAGAGACGUUAGAGAGAAACUGAAAGCUAUUGAUGCUGAUAAGAAUCAAUUCUAUUUCUCUGAGCGUGUGAUAAAUACUCGAGAUGAUGAGUUGAGGAAGAGUCGAGAGACUAUCUCUUUUAUAUGUGAUGAUGAAGUGGUGGGAAGAAAUCCUGACAAGAAAGCAAUUAUAGAUCUUCUUCUGAAUACCGAUCUUGAUACCAAGGAGAACAUUGGGGUGAUUGCUAUAGUGGGAAUGGGAGGAUUAGGAAAAACAGCACUUGCUCAAUCUGUCUACAAUAAUGAAAACAUAACGAAACAUUUUGAUUUGAAAUUAUGGGUGUGUGUUUCUGAAGACUUUGAUAUAAAGGUUAUUGUUGAAAAGAUUAUAGAGUCUGCAACAAGAAAGAAACCAGAGAUCCUUCAAAUGGAUUCGUUGCAAAGUGAUCUUCGAACUCAUAUUAAUGGGAAAAAGUACUUGCUCAUCAUGGAUGAUGUGUGGAAUGAAGAUUACGAGAAAUGGGUUAAUCUCAAAAGAUUAUUGAUGGGUGGUACGUCAGGCAGUAGAAUUUUGAUCACAACGCGUCAUCGACGAGUUGCAGAGACUUUUGACACGACUUCAUGUUAUGAUUUAGGAGAAUUGGAUGAUAAAAGUGCUUGGCUAUUGUUCAAAAAAAUGGCUUUAGGAAGCGAGGAACCAGGAAAAGAACUUGAAAAUUCAAAUCUAGUCGACAUUGGCAAGGAGAUUGUGGUAAAGUUAAAAGGCCUUCCUCUUGCAAUAAGAACGAUAGGACGUCUUUUAUAUGCCAAAAAGCCAGAGCAUCAUCUUUGGUUGACUUUCAAGGAUAAAGAGCUUUCUCGAGUUUUAGAGCAAAGAGAAGAGACACAAUUCAUACUAUCAAUACUGGAGCUUAGUUAUCACCAUCUACCGUCUAGUUUGAAGCAAUGUUUUUUAUAUUGUACUUUAUUUCCCAAAGAUUAUAAUAUUCGAAAGGAUGAAGUGAUAAAGCAGUGGGUGGCACAAGGUUUCGUUCAAUCAGUUGGCGUAAUUAAACCAUAUGACAUCGGUGAAGAUUAUUUCAUGGAAUUAUUAUCAAGGUCAUUCUUUCAAGACGUCACAAGAAAUGAAAUGGGUGACAUAAUAAAGUUUAAGAUUCACGACUUGAUGAAUGAUCUUGCUUGUUCCAUAGUGAAGAAAGAAUAUGUUUCUAUGGAUGUGAAUGAUAAGGUCGUCACGGGAAGAACUAGACACAUCUCAAUUUACCACAACUUCGGUAUAAAGUUGGAGAACUUGAAAUUAUUAUAUGAGGCAAAAAAUUUGAGGACAUUAAUUAUUGAUGCUCCCACUAAGGAUGCCCAAAAAGUCCUUAACCUAAUUCCUACUAAGUUUUUGCGAUUAAGGACGUUGAGUUUUGAUUCCAGCAUUUUUAGUACUUUUCAAGUAUUGCCCAAAUCUAUUGGCAAGUUGAAACAUUUAAGAUAUCUGAAUAUUUGUCUAUAUGAACUUCAGUUCCUUCCAAAUUCCAUAACUAAGUUGUAUAAUUUGGAAACACUUAUCCUUGAUCGGUGUGAGCAUUUACAAGAGUUGCCGAGAGAUGCAAAAAAUUGGAUGAAGUUAAGGUAUCUAAGCCUUACUGGAAAUACAGAGAUAAAAUUCCUUCCAGAUUCAAUUGCUUCGUUGCUCAAUUUGGAAACACUUAUCCUUCAAGAUUGUUCUCUAUUAAGAGAAUUGCCUAAAGAUAUUAAAAAAUGUGUUAACCUUAAGCAUCUUGAUUUACGUGGUUGCAAUGCGUUGACUCAUUUACCUAAAGGACUAGGUGAGCUUACUAAUCUUCAAACAAUGAACUUGUUUAUAUUAAAUAAAGAUGUUGGUUGCGAUUUAAGCGAGUUGAACAGACUGAGUAAAUUGAGGGGAUCAUUAACUAUUAAAGGUUUGGAAGUUUGUACAACCGAAGAUUUGAAAAAUAGUUAUUUUAACUUACGACUAAAGUUGGGUUUUCAAGAGUUAAAGUUUGUUUGGAACUAUUCCAAAGAUGAGCAUAUGAACAUUGUCUUGGACAAUGAAUGUAAAGGGGUUUUAAAUUGCUUACAACCACAUUCAAAUGUUGGAAAGAUAGAUAUAUGCGGAUAUCCAGAAGUCAUGCUAUGUGAUUGGUUAUCAUCUAAUACCCUUCUACACUUGGUCAGCAUAAAACUUUCAGAUUGCUUCCAAUUGCAGGUUCUCCCACAAUUUGAUCAGUUUCCUUGUCUCAAGUGUUUGGGUCUUAAAUCAUUACCGUGCAUUGAGUACAUUGACAACGAUGGUUAUCGUUCUUCAUCAAUAUUUUUUCCAUCCCUUGAGAAAUUAAGCAUCAUAGACAUGCAUAAUUUAAAAGGAUGGUGGAAGGGUGAAACUUCAUCAGAAGGAUCUCCAAAUAAUGCAUCAUUUCCUAUAACAAUGUCUUGCCUUUGUGAACUAAAGAUCGACGAUUGUCCUCAGUUGGCUUCAAUUCCUUGGCAUGCACCUUUGAAGUUACUGGAAAUAUGUGCAGUUAGUUUACAACUACUUAAUGUGAUAAUUGAGAAGACUGCUAAUCCUUCAUCUAAAUUAUCUCAUGUUUACCUAAGUAAAAUUGAUGAUAUUGAGUUUCUGCCAAGAGAGUUCUAUCAUUUCACAAAUCUUUUGUUUCUUGUAAUAGAAGAUUGCAAAAACUUACAAUUAUCUUCUGCUCUUGUUCAACAUUCUACUAAUGAUGUACUAUGGAAAGAGUUUCAAAGUCUCCACGUUUUAUUUCUUAGAGCAAUUCCGAAGUUGGAGUAUUUACCUAAUGGGAUGCAACAUGUGACAACUCUUCAACACAUUGGCAUAAACUCAUGUCCGAAUUUUGUAACUCUUCCAAAAUGGAUACACAACCUCACUUCACUUUCAAGUCUAUCCAUUUUCAAUUGUCCAAAGCUCACUUCAUUGCCGGAAGGGAUUCACCACCUCCGCUCUUUAGAAUCAUUGACAAUUUGGAAUAGCCCUAAAUUGAUAGAGAGGUACAAGAAAGGAAAAGGAGAAGAGUGGCAAAAGAUUUCUCAUAUUCCUCACAUAAACCUUUCAUAACUUUGAGACAUGGAAGAGAAGAAAAAUUUGUUCGUCCCUCAGCAAUAGGCAUCAUCAGCAUAUUCUCAAACCUAAGAGGCAAGACACCAAGAAUUACAUUGGAUGAGGAUUAUUAUUAUUAUAUUGCUUCAAAGUUGUUCAUCGGAAAAAAAAAAUUCACUCUUCAUUUGGCAAAAUCUUCAUGCAAAAAGAAGGAAAUGAGAACAAUCAGAUUGUUGUGUGGCUCAAAUCAUUCAGGUACAAAUUCUUGUGCGUUAAACAUGUAGAUAUAUCAUUUAUUAACAUUUCAAGUAUAUCAUAUGUAUAUCAUACAUCAAUUAGCGUUCUUUUAAGGCAAAAACAUGGACGUAUCAUUUUGAAUGCUAUUUUGAGUAUAUUAAUAGGAUGUCAGGCAUCAAUCAACAUUUCAUUUGAGUAAGAUUAUAAAUGUAUCAUUUUGUUAACAUUUUGUGAAAUCAUAUAAUAUAUUAGACAUUAAA